AGUAGCCAGCUGGAGUUUAAACAAGGAGGUGACAACACUACGCUUGAAAAUUAGCCUAAGAACAUGAGAUUGUUAUUACCUCUUUCACUCCUCGCCAUCACUGUCUCUCUUACAGAGGGCGUGAUGGUGUGUUACUACGGGUCCUGGGCCGUGUACAGGACAGGUGACGGCAAGUUCGACGUGGAGGCCAUCGACCCUGACAUCUGUACACAUCUCAUCUUCGGCUUCGCUGGUCUUGGUUGGGAUAACAAAAUCAGGGUGCUGGACCCAUACAACGAGCUGUGUGAGAACUAUGGCAAGUGCGCCUACAACAGGUUCACCGCCCUCAAGGAGCAGAAUGCAGAAUUGGUCACCAUCUUGGCUGUUGGUGGCUGGAACGAGGGAUCCACCAAGUAUUCUAAUAUGGCCAAGAACGCUGGCCUCAGGAAGACCUUCGUCGACUCCUCUAUAGAGCUGUUGAAGGCCCACAAAUUCGAUGGUCUGGACAUGGACUGGGAGUACCCGACACAGCGUGGAGGCAAGCCAGAGGACAAGGUGAACUUCAUCAGCCUUCUGUCAGACCUCUCAACGGCGCUACACGCUAACAACAUGAUCCUGACGGCAGCUGUGUCAGCCGGUAAGCUCACCAUCGACCCAGCCUAUGACAUCCCGGGUAUGGCUAAGAAUCUUGAUAUUAUGAACCUGAUGGCAUACGACCUGCAUGGUGCCUGGGACCCCUACACCCACCACCAGUCUGGCCUCUACCAGUACCCCGACGACACGGGAGAUAAUGUCUACCUCAACCAGGACUUCGCUGUGAGGUACUGGAUAGAUGGAGGAAUGCCAAGCACCAAGAUCGCACUGGGUGUCCCUCUGUAUGGUCGCUGCUGGAAACUGGACUACAACACGGAGGAAACCGGCUACUACGCCCCCGCCAGCCAGCCAGGACCUGCAGGACCCUACACCAGGAGUCCAGGAUUUUUAGGCUACAACGAGAUCUGUGAGUUCCAGAAGACAGAGAGUGACUGGGUGGUAGAGAUAGCACCAGGUAUGAACGAGCCCUACACCUACAGCUACAGCCAUGAGAGGAUCUGGUGCUCCUAUGAUGACCACGACUCCUGCGUGGUGAAGGCCAACUAUGCCAAGGAGAUGAACUUGGCCGGUAUGAUGGUUUGGAGUAUUGAGACGGACGACUUCAAGGGCAAGUGCCACGACCGCACCUUCGACCUCAUCAAGACCUUGAGGGAGACUUACAGCGGCGGAGUUAUCACUGUGCCUCCUCCUCCACCUACUACCACUCUGGAUCCGAGUGCGCCCACUACCAGAACUGCCAGCACCCCCAGUACUACCACCACCACUACCACCUCUCCUGCUCCUCCUCCGGAUGGCGUGUGUAAAGUACCUGGCCUCAACCCCGACCCCGCUAACUGCCACCACUAUUACCUCUGUUCCCCGAACUCACACAACGGCUACGACGCUACCGAGGAGUUGUGUUCCUCAGGCACCCUCUAUAACCCCGAGGCUAAGAUCUGCGACUGGGCGGCUUCUGUCUGUGCCCUUGGAAAAUAUUGCGAAGCUGACUGUGCCUAAACAUACCACUUGACGUCUGUUGUAACCAUAAUGUUACAGCUCCACAAAAUUAAGAUAUUAAUAUUGUACAGUUUGAUAUUAAAAAGUUAAAUCUA